AUGAAGUACGCGUGCAUCGACCCGAACGACCCGCACGCAGCCAGCCUGAGCAAGCUCAGCCUGAAAGGCCUGACCAUCCUUGCGUGGCCUACGCAACAGGUGAAGCCGAUGUACGAGUACUGCGACGUGAAGCUCUGCAACGGUGAGGAGUUCAUGUGCUCGGAGAUCAUCCCCCUGUUGCCCAGCCUCAUCGCCGAGGACCCCGACGGCUCCGCCUCGAAGCCCUUCCUGAUGGAGUUGCACGCGUACUGCUGCAAGGACGACCGCGCCUCGAACGUGCGGCAGAUUGCCUCGGACACCGCCUUCGUGCCCUCGGAGGACCUGUCGAGGAUGGCCGAGCCGCGCUCGUUCACCUCCCCGGCAGGGAGCGCGGCGGGCCUCUUCCGGGAGGUGCUGUCGUCGCACCUGCCCGUCGGCUGGAUGGCAUCGAAUUUGUACAUGAUGGAGCUCCUGCAGCAGCUGGGCAUGGAGAUGGUGCUGACCCCGCCCCUGAUCCUCCUCUGCGCGCAGGAGACGCUCCGCCUGUCUCUGCCCCUUGUCUCCGGAAAGGCGAACGAGGCGAACAAGGACAAGCAAACCGCUGGGCAGCACCUGCUGGGAGGCCACCCUGAGUCUGGGGCUCGGCAGGGAGAGGAUGAGGCGGCCGAGGGGAUUUUGGAGGGCGCCGUCGGCACCACGUGGCAGGCGACGAUGGGUUUGGAGGAGACGCUGGAAGAUCUCAAGAGCCUGCAUCAGCCGAAGUACUGCGUGGGCCAAGAUGGGAAGGGCUUGAAGGAGCAGCUGGAGGGCCUCAACUCCCUGCACAAACACAAGUUCGCUGUGGAGUGGUUCGUAAGCCUGUUCGUAGACGCUUAG